AUGAUCUUUGGGACUCCUCUGAGUCUGCAGGGGGUGCACGGCCUGACUCCGGGGAGUCGCGUGAUCUUGCACGACUGUCGUCCUCUGAGAGAGAACGCGCCGCUCGUUCAUGAAUUCUUGAGGGCAACCGGCAUAGUCGAUGUGCUUUCCAAGACGGCGAAUGCGGAGGGAGAGCGAAAGAGCGAGGGACAAGCUGAGGGAUCCGACGAGGAUCGCGAACUCCAAGAAGCACUGGCUGCGUUCAGACAGAGCGAUAACGAGUUGUGGGAAUCUGCAGCCUUCCGCCAGAUUGUUGAGGCGUGGCGCAAGGAACUGUAUCAGCGCUCGGCGGGCGGCGAUGUCCUCGAAAUCGGCGUCGGGCGAGGUCGGGGGCUCAGGAAUCCUGCCUGGAAAACGUGGUGCUCGAGUUACACGGGUGUCGACGUCAGUCUGCAUGAGGACGCGAGAAGAACAGCGGAAACACUUGCGGCGUCUCCGUCGCACCGAAGAGGCGCUGCGUUCCCUCUCGUCGACCUCGUGGAAUCCGACGCACACAAUCUUCCACUUCCUGGGGACUCCUUCGACUCCGUUCUGAGUCAUCGCGUGCUUUGCUGCGUAGCCUCUCCCUCGACGGUCAUCUCCUCGCUUCUCCGCGUCGUUCGAUCAGGCGGAUCGAUUCUCCUUUUCGAACAUGGAUCCCUCCAUCCGGCUGUUGCGGAGGCGCUGGAAAUCUCUGCCGUCGAAGCGACCUCGAGAGAGGACAAGGCGAGAGAGAGCGGGCGGUCGCUGUGCAGCGGUGCGACAGCGGCGGCUGAGACGCGACGGGAGGGACCCAGCGAAAGGUUUGGAAAGAGACAGGAGGCCGCGCAUGGAGGCAGAGAGAAGCAUGAAGUGGAGAGACGAGAACGAGAGGGCGGUCGCGGGGCGUCUGCUGCGAAGGAGGCGGCGAAGAGAGAAAGAAACGUAGAUUGGGAAAAAAUGUUUCCUCUGCCUCCUGAAGCACUGGCAGAUGCCAUUGCUUCCCUCCAGAUUGCUCCACGCUCCACGUGUCCCGGCGAAGGGAAAGGGAGACGAAAGGAGACGGGAGCAUGCGCCUGGAUAGAUGCUCUUGGCGAGACCAUUAAACUCGCUGACCGGCAGGAGAGGCGAGAGCACGAAAGAUCCAUUUCUUUCUCUCGUGAAGGACGCGCGACGCAGGGCGACAAAGAAGCUACAGAGGAACGUCGCGCUCUCUCUGGUCGGUCGUUUCAGUCUUCUUCUUUUCCGAGGCCGUCGCCUGAAACGAAGAAGCCAGUCAUCGAAGAAGUACACAUCUUCGUGGCUCCUCGGCCCGAGACAGAGAGAAGCUGGACCGCGGUGCGGUGUGUUGCUGUGCGCUGUUAG